CGCUCCGCCGAAUCCGCCCGCGCGUCGCCGCCGUCGCCACCGCCCCCCAUCCCGGCCCCCCCCGGGUUCCCUCAGCCCAGCCCGGUCCAGCCCGGUUCCCGGGAGGAUGAAGUUCGUGUAUAAAGAGGAGCAUCCGUUCGAGAAGCGCCGCUCUGAGGGCGAGAAGAUCCGAAAGAAAUACCCGGACCGGGUCCCGGUGAUAGUAGAAAAGGCUCCCAAAGCUCGGAUAGGAGACCUGGACAAAAAGAAAUAUCUGGUGCCUUCUGAUCUUACAGUUGGUCAGUUCUACUUCUUGAUCCGGAAGCGAAUUCAUCUCCGAGCUGAGGAUGCCUUGUUUUUCUUUGUCAACAAUGUCAUUCCACCCACCAGUGCCACGAUGGGUCAGCUAUACCAGGAACACCAUGAAGAAGACUUCUUUCUAUACAUUGCCUACAGUGACGAAAGUGUCUAUGGUCUGUGAAGCUGCUGUCCCUAAGGUGGGGGGGUCCCAUUCUACAAAGAGAGAGGUGGCCCCCCUUCCUUGACCUGCUCCUCCUUGAGGGUCAAACACCACCUCCCUUUUUCAGGACCUGCACUUCCUAAUGUUUGAGACUCUCUUCCAGCCCCUUUAAACACAAGAGUUAAUGUGGGAGAUGGCCUCUAGUACCCACUCUUUCUCCAUUCUUCCCCUUUACCACCUUUCCCAUUCUGCUUUAGACUUCUUGACUGUCAAUCUGUGUCACAUCUGGUGAUUGUUUUGGUUUCUUUUCCCUUUCUAACUGCCCAAGGGGCUCAGAACCCCAACAAUCCCUUCUUUUCACCACCACCUUUUUUGGGGGUAGAUGGAAGGGACUGAAAUUGUGGGGGGAAGGUAGGAGGCACAUCAAUAAAGAGAAAACCACCAAACUGAA